UGAAGCCUGCUUGAAUGCCAAGUAUGUGGUGUCCCAUGGCAAUUAUUGACAUGCCGAAGUAUAUACGCUGAACGCAUUGUUCAGCAAAAGUCUUAUUUCUGUAUGAGAAGCACUUUAGAAAUGUCAACAGCGAAGUCUCCAAACGACGACUUUUCUGACAGUGGCAGCAGAGUAGAUACACUGCAUAUUGAUGACGUGCCAAGACUUACAUGGAAGUUAUCAUCACCAGAAACAUCUGACGAUGAAACAGAUGUUCAGCCAGCCGGUAAUGAGAAAUCUAAGUGGGAACAUGGAUGUUCUUCGAAAUGUGAAGUUAAAAAUAUCACAAGGCCUCACAAAAACAUAUUCAGUGCGUUGAACAACUACCAGAGUACACUUGAAGAGCACAUUCUAUGCAGUGCCAUUACCAGUGAUAAUCACAACAAAAAUCAUGAUGAAAAUGAUACACUUAUGGACAUUGAAACUGAAAUUACAUUGCCUCCCAAUCAGCUGAAGGAAAAUGGGUGUACAGAUACUUGGGAUGAAAUAAUCGAUGAAGUGCUUGCAGAAGAUAGAGAUUUUAGUCAGAUAUCAACAGAUAUUGUUCCACAAAUUGAUAAUGGAAUUUUAACAUUAUCAGCAGAUGAGGAACAGGAGGCAGAACAGUCUUCUUGUAAAAUAAAUAAAGAUAGUGUGCAACAACAGCUACCAGUAGAAGAAACACCACAAGGUGCAAAAUCAAAUCUGCUUCCAAGUUCGUCAAAAUGUAAAGACAAGUUGGAAGACUUAUUUGAAAAUGAGACUGAAAUGAUGGGUGAAAGACUAAGUCAGACUCUGAUAAUAAGUCCCCAAGCUUCACAGAGUGAAUUACAAAAUGAUUCUUUUACAGUUUCUACACAGAUACAAAAAAUGCAGAACCAAGUGCGCCCAAAGAAAACUGCAAAAUACACAAUCUCGCAGCCUAAAGGAAGAGGAAAAAAUAUGAAAAAGCUCUUGUCCUCUCUGAAUAAAUGCAAAGAACUAAAAAUAAAAUCUCAGAGGAAACAGGCCAAAAAACAUCCCGUUACAAUGUCGGGUAAAAAUAAUCAAAUCUCCUGUGACAGAAAAUAUAGGCGCCACAAUACGUCAUUACCCAACAACUCUGAAAGUGGAUAUAUGCUAAGGACAGCUCAGCUGAGAGGUCCAGUAGCAGCUGCUAAUGUUUCUAAAGAAGCUUCUCAGAACAUUGUUAGUCUAAAAGCUGGUGUCACCUUUGCAAGAAAUUUUGGUAUGAAGAAUCAUGAAAGAAAAAGAAAGUCUUUGCAGCAGAGAGUCAAAAAUAGAGUAACUGACCUGAAAGAAGAAUUAGUCCUGUGGGUCUCUGGUAGCUGUCAGAUGACCGUAGCACGAAUGAGAAGAAUUCUUGUGGAAGCAAAAGCAGCAAAGGAAUUAUGCACAACUUUGCUUUCUGAGACCAAGUCAGCUAUUAAGGCACUUACACAGUUUGAUGAAUAUGCUACAAAAUUGAAAGUGCACAGCCUCUGUGUUGAUGUUAGUAGCAAAAACAGUACUGUGUUAUUUCUGUUAAUAAAAUCUGUGAAAUAA